GGUAACUUAAAACACUCGUUCAUGCAUUUUAUAAACACAGUGCUUGACCACUGAAAACAAGCAUGAUAGAAUCCCCUGAGGAAAACAUGGGAGAAACCAUUACACGGACUGCAACAGCCAAGCUAAUGAAGAAAGCUUUUUUGGAGGCUUUACAAUCAAAUGACUACAGAACUCUGGAAGAGCUUUUGGCUCAAAAACAAAUAGAUGUGGACACGGUGUUUGAAGUGGAAGAUGAGAAUUUGCUCCUGGCCUCUUACAAACAAGGUUAUUGGCUGCCUAGUUAUAAAUUGCAGCAUUCCUGGGCAACAGGACUACAUUUAUCUGUUCUGUACGGACAUCUGGAAAGUCUGAGAGUUCUGCUGAAGCACAAAGCAACCAUCAACUGCAGACCCAAUGGGAAAGCAGCAAUCCACAUAGCAUGUGAAGUUGCCAAUCUGGAUUGUGUCAAUAUACUCUGUAGCCAUGGAGCAAAAACCAACUGCUAUUCAUUGGGUGGGUUUGCACCCCUGCAUUAUUGUACUACAAAGAUCUCCUUGUCUUGUGCACAACAAUUAAUUUGGAAAGGUGCAGACAUAAAUAUAAGAUCAAACAAUCAAGACGAAGAAAUGCCCCUUCAUACCGUUGCUCGUUGUGGCAUCCCUGAAAUGGUUGCCUUCUACGUGGAACAAGGAGCUGUAGUUGAUGGUGCAAACGCCCACCGAGAAACACCAUUGUCCUGUGCAGUUUACUGGGCCCUUAAUGGCAAGGAACAAACCUACAGCACAGAUCACCACCUCAUCUGCCGGAUGCUCCUUGACUACAAAGCUGAUGUUAAUUCACGGGAUGAAGAUUUCAGGACCCCCCUCCACAAGGCAGCCUGGAAUUGUGACCAUGUACUACUGAACAUGUUGCUUGAGGCAGGUGCUGAAGCCAACCUGAUGGAUGAUAAUGGGUGUGCCCCCCUGCAAUAUGUCCUGAAAGUGACAGACGUGCGUCCUAGUGCUCAGCCUGACAUCUGUUAUCAGCUGCUUCUGAAUCACGGAGCUGCCAGGAUAUAUCCACCACAAUUCCAUAAGGUGUUGCAAGCUUGUUAUUCCUAUCCCAGAGCAGUUGAGAUUAUUGUGAAUACAUAUGAGCAUAUCAGGUGGACAACAAAAUGGAGAACAGCUAUACCUGAUGAUAUCUUUGAGACAUACAGAACUUUCUACGAAUCCCUUUUUGAGGCAUGUGCAAAUACACCACGAUCACUAAAACAUUUAGCGAGAUGUGCUAUUCGAAGAAUAUUGCUCUAUAAAUGUCACAAAGGAAUCCCUUUACUUUUAAUUCCAGCAAUACUAAAAAGGUAUUUGCUUUUAGAGCCAGAAGGAGUAAUAUAUUAAGAAGUGUAAUAUACAUUUUCAGAUAAUUUAAUUUAAAAGUGUUAGGAUUCUAUUCCCAUGGGAGAAGUUAAAAUCAAGAUUUCUGUGACAGCAUCAGCAAGAAGCAGAGUUAAUAUUUCCUACAAAGGAUAUGAAUUCAAAUAGAUACACAUCAUUUCUGAACUUUGAGCACAGAUAACAGAAUAUUUCAUUCCUAGCAGUUUACAGAAGCAUAACAAGUGAAAAGGAAGAAGCAAGGAAAAUACUUCCAAGGAAAGAGAAAAAAAAGUCCAAAGUGUUGGAAAUAUUCUAAAGAGAAUUAUUAGUUUUCUCCACCUGGUAGCUGCUUGUGUUCCAUAUUACCACUACCAUAUAGAAUUAGGGUUACAGGACUUGUAGUCGAAGAUGCUGAGGGGGCAACAGGUCAUGCAAGACUAUUGCAAAUGUUAAUCCUUUUAUUUUGAGGCAUGUUCUUCUCCCUUCAUAAAAUAAGCAAGAAGUGCUGAGAAAGUGAAGUUACUAAAUAGUACAUAUUACUCUUUUUUUCCUUUUUAUUAUAUUGUUGUGAGAUUUAAUAUAUCGUUUUGAUACAAUGGUAUUUAUACAAUAUUAAUUAAAAUUAUUGAGAGUUGUUUGAAUAACUUACAAUAUUGGAAACAAAAAUAAAAUUAUAUCAAUAUUAGUUAUAAUCUGGGAUAUCAAUAUUACAAGCAAAAAACUAUUUGACUUUUUUCAUCCAAAAUGAAGUGUAAUAUCAAGAAAGAAAGACUACUGCAGAAUGCAUUGAAUUAUAUGUUAUACAAUAAAGGUUUCAUUCUUGA